AUGAUGACCCCAUAUAGGGGUAGAGGCCGCGAUUAUGGUCGUGGUGGGAGAGAGAGUAACAAUAUGUUACCCCAUCCAGAAUCAAACAUUCCUCUAAUAAGGGUUUGGACUACUUACAAAGGUAGAAAAAUGCAACAAUUACCUGUAUCUUCAGCAAAAAAAAGGAAGAUAUUGCUUCAUCUUCCUCUAAUAAAACUACAUCCUACAAAGAAGUUGCGGUUAAUAACCCACCUCAAGAACAAAUGGAUUAUUUUGAAAAUCCAGUAA